AUGGCUUCAGGUGAUCUGACUGAUAUUGCUACUGCUCCCUCUAUCAAAGGCCGUCUGAAUGUCAUAGGUGUGGUAGUUGAUACUCUUCCACUCCUUCGAACAAGAGGAUCUUCAGCAUGCAUCACAUUUACUAUCAAAGAAUCUGAUCUCGAUGGACCGACUUGGGAAGGAGGCCUCAAGGUCAAAUACUUCAAUGAUGAUGAGAGCUGCCUCCCCAGUGUUCGCCUCAAUGAUGUGGUCUUACUACGAAGCGUUUUUGUGAAAAUCUAUCAAGGCAAGCCAAUGGGGGUUGUUUCUCAGAGGGAUACUGUUUCAUGGGCUGUCUUUCGGUCAGAGUCACAUCCAGGUUCUAGUCCAUUUGUCACCAGUGGCCCCAUGCCUUUCGAGCCGAGUCUGAAGGAGAGAGACCGAGCGCAAUCGCUCCUGGAACUGGUAUCGGCCGAAUCAGUCCCUGCGCAACCUUUCAGCUCGCACAAUAUACAGGCAUCCCGGCAGCCUCAUGGCCAGGCUGCUUCUUCAGUGCCGAAGGCUGGAGGGUUACCCCAUGUUCUUAUUGAAGCCGUAGAGGUCAAUAAGAUAUGCCAGUUACUCGGCCAAGUUGUGAAGCUCAACACUUACGACAGCGAGAAAUCUCUGCUCUACUUGACAGAUUACACUCAGAAUGAGAGUCUCAAGAAUUACAAGAAGCCCGGAGACGACGACGACUCGGGUCGCGAGGGCGAUCGGUUCAAUCACCUAAACCAAAGAGGAAACGACUGGCCAGGCCCAUGGGGCAGGUUGACUAUUCUGGUGACUCUGUGGGAGCCGCAUGCGUCAUACGCUCGUGAAAAGAUCCAGGCAGGCGAUAUAGUUCUGUUGACCUAUACUCGUAUCAAGCAAGGCCAGUAUGGGAUUGAGGCUUCCGUUCAUGAAGACAGAAAAUAUCGGGAGAAGAUUCACGUCCGGAAGCUGAUUGGGAAGGACGAUGAGCGUGUGCAAGCAUUGAUGGAACGUCGGACAGCAUACUGGAAGAUUCACGGAGAACCUAAGACAGAAAACAAAAAGGCCAAGAAGCGUAAUAAGAAAGUCCAGCAGAAGAAGGAAGCUCGAAAGGAGGAAGGGCAGCUCACGCUGCCGGCGGCAUCCCGAAUCAAACUAAACCCCCAAGUGAAAACACGAAAUUACGCAGUACCUAUUGUAUCUGUCGAAAAGAUCUUGCUGGCAGAAACCCACAGGAACAAUGGCCCAGGGGGCGUUGACUACAAGCUCCCCUUCCAAAACGUCAAUUACCAUACUCAAGUUCGAGUGGUCGAUUUCUUUCCUCACUCAAUCGAAGAUUUCUCUGUCCGAAUCAAUACUGCCCCCUUGUCCAGCAGUGAGGAUAGCUCUGAUGACCCUCAUCAUAGCUGGGAAUGGCGGUUUUGUCUGCUCGUGGAAGGAGCUGAGCCCAAAGCUUCCAAACAGGAACCACGACAGCUGAUGAAAAUCUACGUUUGCGGCCAAGACGGGGACGAAGUUCUUAACAGUAUUGCGGUUGAUCUCCGCAAUAACCCGGAUAAACUUAAUGAGACACGGGAGAAGCUAUUCCAGCUAUGGGGGAAUCUCGAGGAGCAAAAGUCGAAAGCGAGGGCUGCUGGUCUCCAGAGUUGGGAAGGCGUGAGCUCGCGCCCAUUUGAGUGCUGCAUCAAGGAAUAUGGUGUACCAUGCACCCAUGUCAAAGACCCCAACGCCAUGGAUGUCGAUGGUGAAGUGUGCAGUGAGCCCUUUUGCUUGGGAUGGGAGAGACGGUUUGCUAUGUUCGGCACAACGAUCCACAUCUGA